CAAGAGACCGGGCCUUGAGAGCCCCUCAGAGAUGUCAGCAGAGGUUGAGAGAAAGGUCUGCCUUUCAACCAAUGCCCCUGUCCCUGGGAGCCGAGAUGUGGGGGCCUGAGGCCUGGCUGCUGCUGCUGCUCCUGGCAUCGCUAACAGGCUGGUGCUCGGCGGGCGAACUGGAGACCACCGACUUGGUGACGGUGGUUCUGGGCCAGGAUGCAAAACUGCCCUGCUUCUACCGGGGAGACCCUGAUGAGCAGGUGGGGCAGGUGGCGUGGGCUCGCGUGGACGCGGCGGAGGGCGCCCAGGAGCUGGCGCUACUGCACUCCAAAUACGGGCUGCACGUGGGCUCCGCCUACGAGGGCCGUGUGGAGCAGCCGCCGCCCCCGCGGGACCCCCUGGAUGGCGCAGUGCUCCUGCGCAACGCGGUGCAGGCGGACGAGGGCGAGUACGAGUGCCGUGUCAGCACCUUCCCAGCCGGCAGCUUCCAGGCGCGGCUGCGGCUCCGCGUGCUGGUGCCUCCCCUGCCCUCGCUGAAUCCUGGCCCAGCACUAGAAGAGGGUCAGGGCCUGACGCUGGCAGCCUCCUGCACAGCCGAGGGCAGCCCGGCCCCCAGCGUGACCUGGGACACAGAGGUCAAGGGCAUACCCUCCAGCCGCUCCUUUAAGCAUUCCCGCUCUGCGGCUGUCACUUCGGAGUUCCGCUUGGUGCCCAGCCGAAGCAUGAAUGGGCAGCCACUCACCUGUGUGGUGUCCCACCCUGGCCUGCUCCAGGACCAAAGGAUCACCCACAUUCUCCAAGUGGCUUUCCUUACUGAGGCCUCUGUGAGGGGCCUUGAAGACCAAACACUGUGGCAUGUCGGCAAAGAAGGAGCUAUGCUCAAGUGCUUGAGUGAAGGGCAGCCCCCUCCCGAGUACAACUGGACGAGGCUGGACGGGCCUCUGCCCAGUGGGGUCCGAGUGGAAGGGGCCACUCUGGGCUUUCCCCGGCUGACCACCGAGCACAGUGGCAUCUACGUCUGCCACGUCAGUAAUGCACUGUCCUCGAGGGAUUUCCAGGUCACGGUGGAAGUUCUUGACCCUCAGGAUGCCGGCGUGAAGCAGGUGGACCUGGUGUCUGCCUCGGUCGUGGCGGUGGGUGUGAUCGCUGCGCUCCUGUUCUGCCUCCUGGUGGUGGUGGUGGUGCUCAUGUCCCGGUACCAUCGGCGCAAGGCCCAGCAGAUGACCCAGAAAUAUGAGGAGGAGCUGACCCUGACGAGAGAGAACUCCAUCCGCAGGCUGCAUUCUCAUCACGCCGACCCCAGGAGCCAGCCGGAGGAGAGUGUAGGGCUGAGAGCCGAGGGCCACCCGGAUAGUCUCAAGGACAACAGUAGCUGCUCUGUGAUGAGCGAAGAGCCAGAGGGCCGAAGUUACUCCACGCUGACCACAGUGAGGGAGAUUGAGACGCAAACGGAACUGCUGGCUCCAGGCUCCGGGCGGGCCGAGGAGGAGGAGGAUCGGGAUGAAGGCAUCAAACAGGCCAUGAACCAUUUUGUUCAGGAGAAUGGGACCCUCCGGGCGAAGCCCACGGGCAACGGCAUCUACAUCAACGGCCGGGGGCACCUGGUCUGACCCAGGCCUGCCUCCCUCCUUGCGGCCUGCUUCCCUUUGUUGACAUGGGGGAUUUCAGCUCAUCUUGGGGCUUCUCAAAGGCCCCUGUUUCCCGAGGAAGACGCUCCACACCCUACUGACUGCUCGACCUUUUCCUCCAACCCUUCUGUCCGAGGACCGGAGGGCUCCGUGGCUGAGUUCCUCCCACGAGUGUGCAGGUCACUGUGUGUGUGCGUGGGUGCUUGUGUGAGUGUCCCUGGCUGGGAGUGUCUGCGAGCGUGACUGUGUCCUGGGUGUGCGCCCCCGGGUGUCUCUGCUGUCCAGUCAGAGUCCAAGUACAAGGUGUGUGUCCCGAGACUCGGGUGGCUGUGUGGGCAUGCUGUGCUCGGGGUCUUGCGUGCCGUGUGCUGUGUGUGACCUCUGCCUGUGAGGGCAGGUAUUCUCAUCAGACCCUAGAGCAGUAUUAGUGACACAGUGGUUGGAGGAGGGAGAUCGAGGAGGUGGCGGCGGGUGGCCAGCUCCAGAUGUGCGGGCAUGGCUGGGCUGGACUCUGGUCUCCUGGGUAGAGGGAGCCGGGCUCCCGCACCCAGAAGCAGUUGGCGAAAGUGUGAAGCCGCUGCUGGCUGGCUCAGUUCCACCAGAGGCUUCCAUCCUUAGGCGAGUGAAGCCCUCUGCCCUCCGGUGCCCUGGGGGCCUGCUGUGUGAGCGAGUUCCCUGUAAAUAAACCCUCAUGGGGCAGCUUCUUCAAGCAAGAGUGCUACCAAUCCACUCACUCGAGAAAAGACUUUUGGAAAAACAAACAACACCCCGCAUCCCUCCAACCAUUCUCGCUUUAUCCGGACAUUUGUUACUGGAAUUGUUUAUAAUUCUAGAUGACUUGGAAUUCACCACCGCUCGACCUUACUCAGACUCCCUCCCACGGGAUCAAUUCCCGUGGCCCUGUUCAUCCAGGCAGCCCUCGCUGCUGGCAGAGUGCGGGAAAGCCCCUCGAUUAUUGGCUGCGGGAGGACAGGGCAGGGUCCUUGGAGACCUGCCCCUCUUCAACGCUUUCCCUACGCGAGGCUGUUUUACAGUUCUAUCCUCCACGGCUGUCUGUCGUCUUCUGGGGAGUUGCUGGGACUUGGUGAGCGGGCUUCUGGUUCGGUUGUGACGCAGGGAGGAAAGGAUAUAGACGAUAGAGGGUGGGAGCCCAGUCGAGGUGAACAAGGGGCAUGGCCACAGACGCAGGGGUCCCUGGGUCUUUAUCUUUGGGCAGAUCCUCUAGAUGGUGGCUGGGGUUAGAUGAACUCUCUUGGUGUUUGGUUCACCGAGACAACCAAACCAAACCUACUGCCAUCAAGUCAAGUCUGACUCAGUGACCCCACAGGCCGGGCUUCUUGGGAGUUCGAGAUUGCUCAGUCUUUACGGGAGCCAGCGGUCUCACCUUUCUCCUGCAGAGUGGCUGCUGGGUUUAAACUACUGACCUUGUGAUUCGACGCUUGGCGUUUAACCCGAGGCACUACCAGACCCCCUUCAUCCAAGUACACUCAGCCAGAACACCUAGAUUUGGUACCCAAGCCGGCUAGUAGGCUUCUGGACCAACGGAGAGAUUCUCAGACCCUGCUCCCCAGUCAGCCCAGGACCUUGAGUCUAAUAGCCCAUUCCUCCUCUGUACAUUUUGUGUAAAUAUGUGCAUAUUUGUACAUAAAAUGCUAUUCUGUUUUUAAAUAAACAGAGAAAACCGGU